AUGAGCGCUCCCACGCACAACCCCGAGCAGCACGAGAGCUCCUCCACCGGCAAGGGCCGCGCUCCCGACUACCAGGAACGCCAUGGAGACACCACCAACGGCGGCAACAAUGGCAACGUUGGAUUCAAGGCCCACGGCGGCAUGACCGUUCAACCUCCCACCAAGGAGGACCUCCAGCGCAGCUAUGCCAGAAUCGUCGAAAACGACGCCAACCCCAAGGGCUGGUACGGCACCAUGAUCAACGCUGUUGGUUCCUGCAUCGGUACCAUGGGAGCUAUCCCCUGCUGCGUCGUCUGCCCGAACCCCUACAAGAACGUCCAGCAGGGUAACGUUGGUCUCGUUACCAAGUUUGGCAAGUUCUACAAGGCCGUCGACCCUGGUCUUGUCAAGGUCAACCCUCUCAGCGAGAAGCUCAUCCAGGUCGAUGUCAAGAUUCAGACUGCCGAAGUCCCUCAGCAAACCUGUAUGACCAAGGACAACGUCACCCUCCACCUGACCUCAGUCAUCUACUACCACAUUGUCGCUCCGCACCGAGCAGCCUUCGGCAUCUCCAACGUCCGCCAGGCUCUGAUGGAGCGCACCCAGACCACCCUUCGCCACGUCGUCGGUGCCCGCAUCCUGCAGGAUGUCAUCGAGCGCCGCGAGGAGAUUGCCCAGUCUAUCGGAGAGAUCAUCGAGGAUGUUGCUGCCGGGUGGGGUGUGCAGGUUGAGAGCAUGCUUAUCAAGGACAUCAUUUUCAGCCAGGAGUUGCAGGAAUCGCUCUCCAUGGCCGCCCAGAGCAAGCGUAUUGGUGAGAGUAAGAUCAUUGCCGCCAAGGCCGAGGUUGAAUCCGCCAAGCUUAUGCGCCAGGCCGCCGACAUUCUGUCGUCCGCACCUGCCAUGCAAAUCCGCUACCUCGAGGCCAUGCAGGCGAUGGCCAAGUCUGCCAACAGCAAGGUCAUUUUCCUGCCUGCUGCGAACCAGACCAUGCCAGACAUCCAGCAGGCCCUCGCCAAGAACACCACCGGCGAGUCGAGUGGCCAUGGCGGUGACGCCAGCUACAAUGACUUUGGAGGUCAGGACUCCGGCUUCCAGCAAGCCAUCAACUCUCGUGUCAUCGAAAACAUUUGA